CAGGUUUGCAGUGGAACAUUUGACAGUGCGACAUCGCCAUGCUACGUACAACUAUUCUGCUGGUGGUCCUGAGUCAGGCUGUAGCGAGGGCUGAGGCCUCCGUUCAACGAGGAACAGCACAAGGUGGCGCAAGACCGUCUGACUCCGUGCUACUGACAUCAGUUACAAGUCUGAAAAACGAGGGUACUCAGCUGAAAGUUGUGUCAAAGGUCAUCAAGGACGCCGUCUAUUAUGACGUGGAUGUUUCAGGAGACUCUGACCUGACGACCAUGCUGUAUCCUCUGCGAACCAAGGGUCACGACCUGCUAGUCGAAGCCGACAAGGUCAGGUCCUACGCUGAGAGCGCUAUAAGUGAACUAGAAGGUCAAGCACCAUCUUACUCUGCGAUACAGCAAGACAUGGUUGACACGGUAUCCGAGGCUGGUGUAUUCAAACUUCAAAUAAAUUCUUUCAAUGCCGCCAUGCAAGACUUUAUUAAAAAAGCGAAAGCUGAAGGCCACUCCAACGAUGCGUUGAUGUCAGAGCUCAAUAGAGUAGCCGGUUACGGUGACGAACUGCUCACUCAAACAGCAACGGUCGUAACUCACGCUCAGGGCAUUGCAAGUCAACUGCAAGGUGGCAAGGUCGUUGGAUAA